AUGGGCGACCCCCACGACGUUGUCCGGUGGAACCAGCACGCGAUGCAGCGGCGCCUUAGCACCGCGUCGUCGGUCCCGUCGCUCAACUGGUGCAGCACCAACAACCCAACGGGCCGCAGUGUGUGCGCCGAGGCCAAGAGCCAGCGCCAGUGCGGGUCGUGCUGGGCGUUUGCUGCCACCGACGUGAUCGAGACGGCCGUGUCGCUUGCGACCGGGAACCCGCCAGUGUCGCUCUCGUCGCAGCAGCUCCGGACGUGCAGCACUUCCAAGGCCAUUCGCACAUUUGAAUACUGCUUUGCCAACGCUGGCAACGUACCGAAGUGGCUCGAGCCAUCCAUGAAGUGGGAUGGGCACAACAAAGGCUGCGACGGCGGCAUGACACACGUGGCACUGGACGACGCGGCCAAAAAAAUUGUGAACCUUGCGUCCGCCUCGACUGGCCCACACAUCACGGGCUGGGAACCCGCGCUGACGGCAGCGUCGUGCGCGACGACGAAGGAUCCAGCGACGCUGCUCAAAACCGCACUCGCCAAGGGACCUUUGGCCGUGGCUGUGAGCACCGAAGGCGGAUUCCAAGACUACUCGCUCGGUGUGUAUACGUGUCCGCCGAUCGUGUCGUCGGACAAGAUCAACCACGCGCUAUUGCUCGUCGGCUACGACACAAGCGAUCAAGGCGACUAUUGGAUUCUCAAAAACUCGUACGGCGUCGGGUGGGGCCUCCACGGCUUCAUGCAUCUUCACGUGGACGACGUCGUCAACUGUGGCCUCAACGUCUUUCCAGUCCGAGCGCUCGGCGCGUCGCGCGGUCCCGCGUCCACAACCACGGUCGACGGCGCGCUCACGUUUGGCGGCAUGGCCAUGGAUAUGUGGAUCGUCGUCGCCAGCCUCGUGACGGCCGCGACACUACUGCUUACGAUCAUCGGCGUGUUUGUGUCGCGGCGGCGUAUGCAGUACUUGCGACAAAGUGCAUAAAUGAAC